AUGGAUGGAGCUGUAGCGCCGUUGCCAUCUUGGCUGGAACUGUGGAAUGAGUGGGAGAUCCAAACUGUUGUUGCUGCCAGCUUCAGUCUGCAGGUUAUCCUCUUCUUCUUUGCUCGGAUCCGCCGCUACAAUGUAUCAUCUGUUCUCAGGGUCCUCCUCUGGCUGGUAUAUCUGCUUGCUGAUGUCGUUGCAACAUACGCCCUGGGGCACAUGUCCUCGUCAUUGUCGAAAAAAUCAUCCAGCGAGCACCAGCUGGUGGCGUUCUGGGCGCCGUUUCUCCUGCUGCACCUCGGCGGCCAGGACACCAUCACCGCGUACGCCCUGGAGGACAAUGAACUCUGGCUGCGUCACCUGCUAAACAUGUUUGUGCAGGUUGCUUGUACUGCAUAUGUGCUCUACAAGUACAUCGUUGCGGGUGGGGUGACCUUUGUCCAUACCGCUAUGCUUGUUUUUGCCGCCGGAGUUUUCAAGUAUAGCGAGAGGAUAUGGGCGCUGAAGCUUGCAAGCAAGGGUGGUUCCCCUUACAUAGGAAGGCGAAAGCGACGACUUCAUACUUUUCGCCGGUGGAUUUAUCGUAUUCGUCAUAAGUAUUUCACAAAGAAGCAUGUUGACGUCCGCGCAUAUGAGCCUAGUGACACCCUCACAAAAAAGCCUAGUGACACCAACACCAGGAGCACAUUUGCCCAAGCAAUGAAAAGAGCCCGAAGAGCAAAGAUGGUGCUGUCGAUUCCGCAUCUGAAGAGUCCGUGGGUAGAAAAAACGGUCGAAAUAGAAGAAGGGGAAGAAGGAGACUGCUUCACCAAAAACAAACAAUUUAGAACUGAUGUAUUUAUUGUGAUGACAGCACACGUGUUGCGCCAAGUACUUGUCAAGCCUUUAAUCAUAGACAGGAAUGAGGCGUCCAUAGAUUGGGAUAAUCACCGCAUUGCCCUACUAAAGAAGGGUCUUGCACGAGAACAUCAAUGGGAAAGCGACCAGAGCAAAGAUGCAUUGGCAAAGGAGAAGAGUCAUAUUGGGGAGAUGUUCAAGAAAAUAGAGGUGCAGCUCGCCCUGAUGUACGACAUGAUGUACACCAAGGCAGAAGUGAUCCACACAGGGUAUGGCCACUGCAUCCGUGCCAUUUCACUUGUCUCUUGCUUCGCCACUCUUGUGGUCUUCACAAAAAGCAAGAGAGACUGGUACAGCACACCCGACAUUGUUAUCACUUUUGCUCUUCUGGGCGGAGCUUGUGCACUAGAGAUGGCAUCCAUUUUGAAGGCGAUUGGAUCGACCUGGACAUGUGCCAGCUUGAGACGCGGCAAGUGGAAGUGGCUGGCCAAUGCAGUUCUUUUCGCACGUUACCACAUCCUCGUGGUCAAGGAUGGAAGGUGGUCCAAUUCCGUCGGGCAAUUUGACUUCAUAUCCUUCUGUGUUCACAGCAGAAAGAUGGACCUCAAGGUUAGAAUGGCCCGCUUGAUUGGUCUCCGGGACUUGUGGCACAAAGUUCGCUGCACCAAACAUGCCAAGCUUUCUCCUGCCGUGAAGGAGUUUGUAUGGGGCUUGCUCCGAGGUGACAAGAGUCAUAUGGUACGAAUUGAAGAAGUGGACAUCCGGAGUGGGAACUGGGCUCGCAGGUUCAGCGGCGUCGCCCAGAUCAAACAGCUUGAUUGGAGCCUGAGUUAUGGAUUUCACAAGAGUGUGCUUAUUUGGCAUAUAGCAACAAGCACCUUCCUCAAUAACCCUGCCGUCAAAUCGAAGCUGGUCGACAAGGACAUGGCUGAAGCAGUGAAUACUCUCUCUGAUUACAUGAUGUACCUCCUCAUCGAGCACCGUGACAUUCUGCCCAUCAAAGCAGCUGCUAAGGACAUGUUCGAGGAAACCGGCCUCUGUUACGGUUUGCAUAUGGAAGGCUUGAGCAGACCUGUUUAUUCUUUUGAAAAGGAGGAAGGCUUGAACAGACCUAUUUUUUCUUUUGAAGAGGAUUACCCCCGGCCUCUACAUCAGAGCGAUGCAUGCCGCCAUCCAGAACCUAAUGUGGUUGAUUCUCACCAGGUAAUUCUGGACUACAAUAAAGGGAGCAGGCAUCUUAAGGACGAACCAGAUGGUGUCCUCGCGGAACGUCUUAAGUAUAUAGAAGAACUAUAUGGUGACUUGACGCAUCCCAGUUGGGAUGAUCACCGGGGGGACGCUGUGCUGGUGAAAGCAUGCACCCUUGCUCAUGCAAUGCUCAACAUGGAGCUGGAGUUGGGUCUCGCACACAUGAUGCCGAUAAUUGGAACAGUGUGGGUGGAGAUGUUGUGCCACGCAGCAACCAAUGCAUCCGGGGGAUUCCACGCCAGGCAGUUGAGCAAUGGUGGCGAGUUUCUUACCCACAUCCUGCUCCUCACUAAAUAUUCCUAUGCUAUAAACAAGAAACCAGCAAAGCCGUACAUAAAACCUGAUGAAGCUGUGGAAGCUAGUGCUUCUGGGAACGUCGUAAUAAAUGUGGAUGAUGGCUGCAACGAUGAGAUCACCGAAAUCCACCCAAUAUAG